AUGGCUUUAGCUUCUGCAGUUAAAAAAUGGAGGUCUUACUUGUUGGGUAGGCCUUUUGUGGUGAAGACUGAUCAUCAAAGCCUUAAGUUCUUGUUGGAACAGAGGAUUGCUACACCAUCUCAACAGAAGUGGCUUGCCAAACUCUUGGGAUAUGCCUUUGUGGUGGAAUAUAAAAAAAGCAAGUUGCUAAUGCUUUUGACAGUCCCUGAUCCUACUUGGUUGAAGGUGCUGCAAGAUAGUUAUUCUUUGGAUGAAUCUGUCCAACAGCUUAUUGCUGCUGUCCAAGCAGGGACUCCACCUAAGGGUUUCACUUUUCAGAAUGAAUUGUUAUUUUACAAAGGAAGUGCAGCCAAAAUUGCUUCUCUCUACAUGCAACAUGUCUUCAAACUACAUGGAAUGCCUUCUUCCAUUGUUAGUGAUAGAGAUGCAACUUUUACUUCUUUGUUUUGGUCAGAGCUAUUUAAACUACAAGGCACUAUUCUAGCAAUGUCCACUGCCUAUCACUCUCAAACAGAUGGGCAGACUGAGAUAGUGAACAAAUGCUUAGAACAAUAUUUGAGGGCUUUUACCAGUGAUAGACCUCAUCAGUGGGCUUCUUGGUUACCCUUGGCAAAAUUAUGGUUUAACUCCUCCUUCCACACCAGUUUGAAGCUAACUCCUUUUGAGGCUUUGUGUGGUUUUCCUCCCCCUAAGCUUCACAGUAUUGUUCCUAGCACAACUCGGGUGGCUGCUCUAGAUUCCUUGCUAAGUCAGAGGCAGGAUGUUCUGAACAUCUUAAGGGAUCAUUUGGCUGCUGCUCAAGGCAGGAUGAAGACACAAGCAGAUAAACAUAGGCAAAAUAGGUCCUUUGCAGUAGGGGAUUGGAGAAUUGGGACUGUGUCUUACAAGUUGGAACUGCCCCCAGAAUCAAAGCUCCACCCUGUGUUCCAUGUGUCGUGUUUGAAGUUGAAAUUGGGCCAACAUGUCACACCCUUACCUACCUUGCCUCCAGCAGAUGAUUCAGGGCAAGUGUAUACGGAACCUGUUGCAAUUCUGCAGACCAGGAACCCAAUAUGCCUCUCAAUCUUCAUUCAAAACCUUUUCUUUCUACAACACAAAUACACAAGAUCCAAAAAUAUUCUUUCUGCAACACAAAUACACAAUUACCAAAGAGAAAAAAAACCUCUCAAUCAAAUGGCUUCAGCUCUCCUUUUACCUUCUGCAUCUUCGUCUUCUUGUUGUUCAAGGAAAAUCCAUGCUACUAUUCAAGUCCCAAAACUUCCAAAACUCUCUUUCUCAGUUCCAAAAAUACCAAAGAGAAAUCUAGGUGAGGAACUGAAUAUAAGAGACGGGUUCAUAAACACAACCCCAGUUGAAAAGUUCAAUGUCAUCGAUGAUAGAUCACACAGCUCUAGUUCUAAUGUUACCACUCAACUCUAUGCCAUCUUAGAGGCCGUAGCUGAUAGAGUAGAGAUGCACGCCAACAUUGGAGAGCAACGUGACAACUGGAACACCCUUCUUCUAAACUCCAUCAACAUGAUAAUUCUCACAGCUGCAACAAUGGCUGGUGUUGCUGUAACUGGUGGCAUUGGAAUGCCUCUUUUGGCUUUGAAAUUAUCGUCUACUCUUUUGUAUUCCGCAGCCACGGGAAUGUUGCUUAUAAUGAACAAAAUUCAACCUUCACAACUUGCCGAGGAGCAACGCAAUGCUACAAGAUUGUUCAAGCAGUUACAAAGCCAAAUCCAAACCAUGCUCGCCAUUGGAACUCCAACACAAGAAGAUGUGAAGGAGGUGAUGGAAAAGGUUUUGGCUCUUGACAAAGCGUACCCACUUCCCUUACUUGGUGCGAUGCUUGAAAAAUUCCCGGCAAAGUUUGAGCCAGCUGUUUGGUGGCCUAAAAAUCAAGUACUACAAAAGAAAAACUUUUCACAUGAAGGAAAACAAUGUAACAAUGGAUGGAGUGAGGAACUUGAAAUGGAAAUGCGAGAGAUCAUUAAGGUGGUGGAGAGAAAAGACAUAGAGGACUACGUAAGACUUGGCAACUUGGCGUUGAAAAUCAACAGGACUUUAGCUAUCUCUGGUCCAUUACUCACUGGCAUAGCAGCCUUUGGCUCAGCUUUUAUUGGUAAUGGAUCAUGGGCACCAAUAGUAGCAGUGGCUGCUGGGGCUUUAGCUAGCACAGUUAAUGCUUUUGAGCAUGGUGUACAAGUUGGGAUGGUGAUUGAGAUGUACAGAAACUGUGGUGGCUUUUUCCAGCUAUUGCAAGAAUCAAUUGAAGCCACACUAGAGGAAAAAGAUUUGGAGAAAAGAGAAAAUGGGGAACUGUUUCAAAUGAAGGUGGCUAUGAAACUUGGAAGAAGCUUAUCACAACUCAGAGAACUUGCUACAAAGUCAGCUUCUUCCCGUGUAGACGAAUUUGCAAGCAAGCUUUUCUAGUUCUGGAUUUUGUAAUUAAUCAAAUUAUUUAAUCUGAUAAUUGUUUAUAUAAUAACUUGAUUAAUUCAUUGUACAAUCUUCUAACAUAGAAAAAAAUGUUAAUUCUCCAAUU